GCGCAGGGGCAGAGGCGCCGCGCGUGGCUUUAAGCGGCGUGCCGGGCCGCGCUCGCUCCUCGGAGCGCUAUUGGCUGGGCCGCGGCGCGGGCGGUGACUGGGGCGGGGCUCCGCGGCCAUGCGGGGCGGCGGCGGGGCCCGGGCAGGGCUCGGGGCGAGGCCGCGGCGCUGGGGGCCGUGGGCCCGGGGCCUGCAGGACCUCAGCGGUGACGGGGGGGUGCGCAAGGAGGAGCUGCGGCCCGGCACCGGGCAGCCCGCGCCUCCCGCCGCCACCGUGGCAGUGAAGUACUCUGGGUACCUGGAACAUGCAGAUGAGCCCUUCUGCACAAACUGUACUACGAAGCUUCCUAGGUUGAUGAAACUUGGAGAAGACAUUACACUGAGGGGCCUGGAAAUUGGCCUGCUCACAAUGAAGAAGGGAGAGGUUGCAAGAUUUGUCUUCACGCCAGUUUAUGCCUAUGGCCAGCAGGGCUGUCCUCCUCUGAUUCCCCCAAAUGCUACAGUCUUGUUCGAAGUGGAGAUGUUGGACUUCCUAGAUUCUGCUGAUUCUGAUGCAUUCUUUGCAUUGACUGCUGAGCAGCAAGAUACUUUUCCUCUACAAAAGGUGUUGAAAGUGGCAGAUACGGAGAGAGAGUUUGGCAAUUACCUCUACCGUAAGCAGUGCUUUGAGGGUGCCAAAGAGAGAUACAAAAGGGCAUACUCAAUCCUUGGUCGCAGCCCUUCCAGUGUGUCAGAGCAGUGUCAAAUUGAUGCUUCCAAGUUGUUGGUGCUCUUGAAUCUGUCAGUUACCUACCUGAAGCUGGAACAUCCUGACCGAGCUUUGAUGUAUGGGGAAAAGGCGUUGGAGAUUGACCACAGAAACGCCAAAGCGCUGUUCAGGUGUGGCCAGGCUUGUCUCUGCAUGACAGAAUACAAAAAAGCCCGUGACUUCCUGGUCAGAGCUCAGCAAAUAGAGCCGUUUAACAACGAUAUUAACAAUGAGCUGAAAAAGUUGGCAAGCUGCUAUAAAGACUACAUGGAAAAGGAGAAAGAAAUGUGCUGCCGAAUGCUUGCCAGUCUCAAUUCUUCUCAUGCAUGACCAGAAAAAGGACUUCCCCAGCUGAUGAAAGAACAGUUCUUGGAUGGGAAGAUGACCUACCUCUGGGCAGAUGAAGAUUUCAGCAUUGGAUCUGUGCUUUGGGAAAAGGGGAAAGUGUGGUCUUGUUCAGAGUAUAAUGUGGAGUUUCUGUUGGUAUACACACAACCUGGUUUUCCUGAAUUUGGUUCUUGUUCACCAUGUUCUGGGGCUUAGUUUCUAGAACUAAGUACUGCCGUAUAGAAGGAUUGCUCUCUUCUCUGUUGCGUACUCUUUGAAGAAAAUUUGAAGCCUUACCUUUUGCAGGUUCUGGGCUGCUUUUAUGGAAUCUGUAAGUAUAAAUGCCAUGAAGUUUUGUAUUGUUUAUACAGAUUGUUCUUUAAAAGUUACGUUUCGUACUGUUUUUGUUCUGAAAAAUAAAUCAGAACUAUGUUGGCAGGA